UAGGCUUGUUGCUUCCUUGGUUUGUUGCUUGUUAAGAGAUGGUCCGAUCCUUUGGACGCCAGAACAGCAUACAGAAGUCCAAGUCUUUCAAUCUUAAAAAGAUGUUUGAGGGUCCAGGGAGACAGAUUCAGAGUUUGAUCCUUGAGAGUGGGCAUGAAGGAGGUUCUGAAGACAGCAAGAUGCUGUCCAAAAGUUAUGAGACGAGGUAUCUAGGAAGUCCAUUGGAGCGCCACAAUAUAGGGUCGGCGCUUUCGCGGCACACGGCUCCAGUAAGUCCACAAGGCAAGCAACUCUCAGAUAUGGAAUUGAUGAAGGAAAGAUUUUCUAAGUUGCUUCUUGGUGAAGAUAUGUCUGGUGGUGGAAAGGGUGUUUCUUCGGCUUUGGCUUUGUCAAAUGCCAUCACAAACCUUUCCGCAUCUGUUUUUGGAGAACAAUCGAAGCUGGAGCCCAUGUCUAUAGAGAGGAAAACAAGGUGGAGAAAAGAAAUCGAAUGGCUUUUAUCUGUAACUGAUCACAUUGUUGAAUUUAUUCCUUCACAACAGAAAUCCAAAGAUGGAACAAAUAUGGAGAUAAUGGUGACUCGGCAAAGAAGUGAUCUGCUCAUGAACAUUCCCGCUCUCCGCAAGCUUGAUGCUAUGCUCAUUGGCUACCUGGAUAACUUUGGAAGCCAAAAUGAGUUCUGGUAUGUUUCCCAAGAUGCAGAUGAAUCUGAGAAAGGUUGCACCCCGAUCAGAAAUGGCGACAAAUGGUGGUUACCUACUGUUAAAGUUCCACCAAAUGGGCUGUCGGAGGUCUCUCGAAAAUGGCUGCUCUUUCAGAAAGAUUCCGUGAACCAAGUAUUGAAAGCAGCCAUGGCAAUAAAUGCUCAAGUACUAUCAGAGAUGGAGAUCCCUGAAAGCUACAUUGAAUCUCUACCAAAGAAUGGUAGAGCAAGCCUUGGAGAUUCAAUCUAUAAGUGCAUUACAGUAGAGUACUUUGAUCCGGAGCAAUUCCUCUCAACAAUGGACAUGUCCACAGAGCAUAGAGUACUUGACCUUAAGAACAGGAUCGAGGCCUCAAUUGUGAUCUGGAAGAGGAAGAUGCACAACAAGGAUGGAAAGUCUUCCUGGGGUUCAGGUGUUAGUUUGGAGAAGAGAGAACUCUUUGAAGAAAGAGCAGAGACAAUCUUGCUCCUACUAAAGCAGCGGUUUCCAGGAAUUCCACAAUCUGCACUUGACAUAUCUAAGAUCCAAUUUAAUCAGGUAAGAAAACAUUGCACCUUUUUAGCUUUCAAAUGUUUCUCUUCUCAUACUAAGACUCUGAGAAAACCAUUCUCUGCUAAAUAUGCACAGGAUAUAGGACAGGCUAUUCUAGAGAGCUAUUCAAGGAUAAUAGAAAGCUUGGCAUUCAAUAUCAUGUCAAGAGUUGAGGAUGUUCUGUAUGCUGAUACAAUCACUAAAAACCCAUCACUAGCCGCACAAUCCUACAGGAACUGUCCAAAGGAAUCUUCGCCGUCAAUUAUUGGUGAUGAUGUAGACCAGUGGAAUUCUGCGGAGACGCCAAAUUCGAAGACACUGUCGGAUUUCAUGGGUUGGAAUUUGGAUCAGGGAGCGAUUGAUCACAUGAAGAAGAUGAAUAAUACGAACGGCGAGAUGGACAACUACUUCAAGGAAGAAAAUGAUAAGCAUAAGAGCAAAAUAGUAAACAUUGUGACCACGAAGAAAAUGUCCUAUUUAGAGAGGCUUGAGAACCUGAGUGGCCUAAGAAGUCCAACGGCUCGCCAUUAGUGGCAGUAGCAUUAGGAUAAAAGAGCAAAGAGAAAGGAGGAAAAACACAAAUGAUGAGAAAGGGAGAGAGAAGAGAGAGGAGCAGACAAACAUAGAGAAAGAUAGUAAGAGGGCUACAACUGGUCAAAUGUAAAUAUAUUUCAGACCCAUGUUGGCAAGUAGGAUUCUGUUCAAGAGCUAGGAAUUCUUGUACUGUGCUUCCUUCCUACUGAGGAAAGGGAAGUCCUCGUUCAAUUAAUGGGUUUGAUGCAUUUGGUAUAUGCUUUCUUCCUUUC